GCUGACAUUGGCCGACUCUCAUUGGACCCGCCGUUUGUCGCUCAGCUCUUUGAGCGUGGGCGAGACAAAGUGACAGCGCUCUGCAAAGUGAGCAUCACAUUGUGCGGUGUGCAUGGGCGACCCAUUGACUGGCCCAUACGCACCACUAUGGAGUGGCUUUGCAUCGCCGUGGCAACAUGUGUGCUCGCGUCCUGCUCUGUCAAAGGCAACGACUGGUGGUGGGAGUAUGAAGAGGGGAUACGACACUACAGCAAGGAGGCCCUCAACAAGGAGUUUCCAGAGAAAACCCGACCGGUGAGCUUCAAGCAUCCCGCGUUCCAGUGUCCUGACAUGAGCCCUUCACCGUCCGUCCCCUCCUCAGUUGAAUUUGUGAAGGCGGCCGAUAUCAAAGUGAUCGCUGCCUUGGGGGACUCUCUGACAACGGGCAUAGGAGCUAACGCCACCACUGUCCUUGGGAUUCCUAUUGAGUUCCGCCACGUGUCAUGGAGUAUUGGCGGCUAUGGGACAUUUCAAGAUGUCAUCACUUUGGCAAACAUUAUCAAGCUGUUCAACCCCGCUGUGCUCGGUGCCGCUCCUGGAAAGACAAUCCACGGGAUGCAGGCUCACAUCAGCGAAACAGGCUUCAACCUGGCCGUGACGGGACACAACACCUUCAACCUCCCCAGCCAGACGAGACAUUUGAUCGACACACUGAGGGGUUAUGAGGGUCUGAACUUUGAGGAGGACUGGAAGCUUUUGACCAUCCUCAUGGGCAUGAAUGACAUCUGUGAUUACUGCAAGGAUAAGGCUCUUUUCUCAGUGGAUAACUUCAUCCACUACAUGUCGGUCUCACUGGAGAUGCUCUUCAAUGAGGUUCCCCGCAUGAUCGUCAACGUGGUGCAGAUCCUGCCCAUGGAGACUCUGAGGGAGGUGCAGAAGCCCACGCCGGGGUGCCUGCUCCAGAGAUCUUUCUGCUCGUGCCUGAUAGAGCCAGAAGCCAGGUCUCCUGAGCUGCGGGAGCUGGUGGAGGUCAAUCUGGAGUUCCAGAAAAGGCUCGAGGAGCUGCUGUCCGGCAACCGCUUCUUCAAGGGCGACUUCGCCGUUGUUCUCCAGCCCUUCCUGAAACACGCCGACCCUCCCCGCCUCUCGAACGGGAGGAUUGAUAUGACCUUCUUCACUCACGACUGCUUCCACUUCACCAUAAAGGGACACGAGGAGCUGGCCAAGGGACUCUGGAACAACAUGUUCCAGCCAGAGGGAGGAAAGUUGAUGGUGAGCAGCUUCUCCGACCCCAUCAGUCUCAUCUGUCCACCUAUGGAGCACCCGUACAUCUUCACCCGGCCGAGCGGAGCCAGGUCCGGCCAGCCCGCCCUUCGGCCUGACGCCCCUUCACUUGCAGCCAUCCUCCUUCUGCUCUCGCUCCUUACGGCGUCAUCACACCUCGGAUUCGUGUAGUUUUCGCCAUCCGUCGUUCCACGGCCACGAGGAGCCCUUGAGCCGAUCUGCAGCUUCAAAUCCCCGCGGCCUCGAAUUCCAGCAGGAGGGAGGAAAAUGCCGCGGGUUUCACACGUGGGGAAAGUGACACGCGCAGAUAUUCAGAGGCUGUUGAAGGUUGUUGCUGGUGAGCAGCAACAUGACGGCUGCUCUUCAGUAGGGAGUUUUGUAUUGUUCUUCAGAGAUUUCUUUAGUCAUCCAUACGCUGCAAUGAUUCACCAGGUAGACCACACUCUAGGCUGAUAGCUUACAUGUAUUUUUAAUGAAAGGUUUGCAGGAGUCGUAAUUAGGAAUGUAUAAAGUUGUGACAUUUCUACAUUCAUACAGGACAUAAAGUAUUAAACUAUUUAACAUCUAA